CGUUUGUGAUGCAAACAGAGGUGGAAGCAAUAUGCCGCAAGUUUCUCGACUCGGCGCAUGUCGCUAGGCAACUACAAAGCGAUCGAUCGGAUUUCACGCAGUUCCCAAAAGUCUACACCAUCCCAAACGAAGCUCCAUGGCCAGAUUACCUCCAGGGAGAAACAUUAUUCAGCGCAAACCUGCGCUUCCUCUACAAGAUGGACAAGAUUGAUCAAGCGAUGUUGGACGAGUUCGACGAACUCAAAUUUGUAUGGGACCCUGUAGAGCACCAACACGCGAUGAGUGUUCUCGCGCUCAAGACGUACCGAGCGUUAAAUGGGCAUGUCAGAGUCCCAGGCUUGUUUGUCGUGCCGGACAAGUCACCUCUUUGGGCGAAAGACUUGUGGAACAUGCCGUUAGGUGUCGUCGUAAAGACUUACCGUUCGUCUUGGACAUCCUGGCCUGAAUCCACGCGAGCAGCACUCGAAGAAACCGGUCUUUCUCCAACUGAAGCCGUGUGGCCAGAGGAGUCGCAACUUGCCGCGUUCAAGUGGUUCAAACAGAUUUAUGGGCACGUCGAUAUUUCUGGAGAUUUCGUCGUUCCUUCUCAAGAUGCUGCGUGGCCGCAAGCUCUGUGGGGAUUGCCUCUCGGCCUUCUCGCCUUUGACUUGCAAGCGAACCCUCGUAGACUCAAACCAGAACAGUACAGUGAGCUCAGGGAUUUGGGCGUGGUAUUCGAGGGUGUUGAUCGUGCGACCUGGGACGAACGUGUGCAAGCUCUGAUCAUCUACUGGAGAAUUUACGGCGAUUUUCUCGUACCGUCAAGGUUUAAGGUGCCCAGGAACGACGUGCGAUGGCCCGACUCGAUGUGGGAUUUGGGACUUGGCGGGAUCGUUAGCCGUCUUCGUCGAGACGCCCACGUCGUGCCUGCUGACCGGUUUAAACAGCUGAAGGACAUGGGGUUUGUGUGGAACAUGGACGAGUACUCGUGGGGAGUCAAAAUCAAGGCCCUUCAGACGUACAAGGCUCUUCAUGGAGAUCUCAGAGUGCCGCAAGUGUUCAACAUACCGACUCACGACUCCCGAUGGCCGAAAGAAACCAGGGGAUUCAAACUGGGUCGAGCGAUCGAUCGACUGAGGGAGCAUCACAAGCAUAUGCCUCCAGAACGUGUCGCACAACUCUCGAACAUGGGGUUUGUCUGGCGAUGCCGACGUAAACGCCAGCAAAAGCCAAAGAAUCCAGCAUCGCACCAUGCCACGUUUCUCGAAGUGUAGCGAAAUCUCCCAUAUUUAACACCACUCCCUACAUACUUUGAAGCAGCAGUGACUAUUCUAUAAGGGUUUGUUUCGAAGGUCGCGACUCUGUCAAGUAUCGAGGACGCGCGUUGGGGCUCAAGACUUUUGUGCCGCGUGGACAUUCAUUCGCAUCUUCCUUCGAGUGGGCUGCUUCACUUGAUUCCCAGCAUUCAAAUGGAGCACCAAAAAUGGUAGUGUUUCUAUACAAUAAAUUACCUACGCACUGGUGACCC